ACAGAGGAUCUGGCAGGAUGAAGAAAUGGGGGAGCUCAGACUUAUGGGAAUCUCAGGACCUGCGUCAGGAGGACUCCUGCCCAGAGCCCCUAGAUGGAGACCCUAACUCCAGGCCAGCUCCAGCCAAGCCCCACAGCUUCCCUGCGGCCAAGAGCCACAGCCGGCUCUUUGGAAAGGGUGAUUCGGAGGACACAUCCCUCAUGGACUGCUCUUAUGAGGAAGGUCAGCUGGCAUCCUGCCCGGCCAUCACAGUCAGCCCUGUUGUCACCGUCCAGAGGCCUGGGGAUGGUCCCACCUGUGCCAGGCAGCCAUCCCAGGACUCUGCUGCCGAGAACCUCAAGCUCUAUGAUCGCAGGAAGAUCUUCGAAGCAGUUGCUCAGAAUAACUGUGAAGAGCUGGAGAGCCUGCUGCUCUUUCUAAAGAAUAGCAAGAAGCAUCUCACGGACAGCGAAUUCAAAGACCCGGACACAGGGAAGACCUGCCUGCUGAAAGCCAUGCUCAACCUGCACGACGGGCAGAACGACACCAUCCCCCUUCUCCUGGAGAUCGCCCGGCAGACGGACAGCCUGAAGGAGCUGGUCAACGCCAGCUACACGGACAGCUACUACAAGGGCCAGACGGCACUGCACAUUGCCAUCGAGAGACGGAACAUGGCACUGGUGACCCUCCUGGUGGAGAACGGGGCCGACGUCCAGGCCGCGGCCAAUGGGGACUUCUUUAAGAAAACCAAAGGGCGGCCUGGCUUCUAUUUUGGUGAGCUGCCCCUCUCCCUGGCUGCGUGCACCAACCAGCUGGGCACCGUGAAGUUCCUGCUGCAGAACUCCUGGCAGUCGGCCGACAUCAGCGCCAGGGACUCGGUGGGCAACACUGUGCUGCACGCGCUGGUGGAGGUGGCUGACAACACGGCCGACAACACCAAGUUUGUGACGAGCAUGUACAAUGAGAUUCUGAUCCUGGGGGCCAGACUGCACCCUGCGCUGAAGCUGGAGGAGCUCACCAACAAGAAGGGGCUGACGCCGUUGGCUCUGGCUGCCAGCAGUGGGAAGAUCGGGGUCCUGGCCUAUAUUCUCCAGAGGGAGAUCCAGGAGCCCGAGUGCAGGCACCUGUCCAGGAAGUUCACCGAGUGGGCCUACGGGCCCGUGCACUCCUCACUGUAUGACCUGUCCUGCAUCGACACCUGUGAGAAGAACUCAGUGCUGGAGGUGAUUGCCUACAGCAGCAGUGAGACGCCUAAUCGCCAUGACAUGCUCUUAGUGGAGCCGCUCAACCGCCUUCUGCAGGACAAGUGGGACAGAUUCGUCAAGCGCAUCUUCUAUUUCAACUCCUUCAUCUACUGCCUGUAUAUGAUCAUCUUCACCACGGCCGCCUACUACAGGCCUGUGGAAGGCCGGCCUCCCUUUAAGCUGAAACACACCGUUGGGGGCUAUUUCCGAGUCACUGGAGAGAUUCUUUCUGUAGCAGGGGGAGUCUACUUUUUUUUCCGAGGGAUUCAAUAUUUCCUGCAGAGACGGCCAUCACUGAAGACCUUAUUUGUGGACAGCUACAGUGAGAUGCUUUUCUUCGUGCAGUCGCUGUUCAUGCUGGGGACCGUCGUGCUAUACUUCUGCCACUGCAAGGAGUACGUGGCCUCCAUGGUUUUCUCCCUGGCCAUGGGCUGGACCAACAUGCUCUACUACACCCGCGGCUUCCAGCAGAUGGGCAUCUAUGCUGUCAUGAUUGAGAAGAUGAUCCUGAGAGACCUGUGUCGCUUCCUGUUUGUUUACCUAGUUUUCUUAUUUGGGUUUUCCACAGCGGUGGUGACACUGAUUGAGGAUGGGAAGAAUGGCUCCGUGUCGGCUGAGUCGACGUCGCACAGGUGGCGAGGUCCUGGCUGCCGGCCGUCUGACAGCUCCUACAACAGCCUGUACUCCACGUGUCUGGAGCUGUUCAAGUUCACCAUCGGCAUGGGCGACCUGGAGUUCACGGAGAACUAUGACUUCAAGGCUGUCUUUGUCACCCUCUUACUGGCCUAUGUGAUUCUCACAUACAUCCUCCUGCUCAACAUGCUCAUUGCCCUCAUGGGCGAGACGGUCAACAAGAUUGCACAGGAGAGCAAGAACAUCUGGAAACUGCAGAGAGCCAUCACCAUCCUGGACACGGAGAAGAGCUUCCUUAAGUGUAUGAGGAAGGCCUUUCGCUCAGGCAAGCUGCUGCAGGUGGGGUACACAGCUGACGGCAAGGACGACUACAGGUGGUGUUUCAGGGUGGACGAGGUGAACUGGACCACCUGGAACACCAACGUGGGCAUCAUCAAUGAAGACCCGGGCAACUGUGAGGGCAUCAAACGCACCCUGAGCUUCUCCCUGCGGUCGGGCCGAGCUGCAGGGAGGAACUGGAAAAACUUUGCCCUGGUUCCCCUCUUAAGGGAUGCAAGUACUCGAGAAAGACACCCUGCCCAGCCUGAGGAAGUUCAUCUGAAGCACUUUGCGGGGUCCCUCAAGCCAGAAGAUGCCGAUAUCAUCAAGGAUUCUGCUGCUUUAGGGGAGAAGUGA